AUGGCAUCCGAGCAGGACAGCCAGGCUUCCACGCCCCGGUCCUUCGCGGGCCCGAGUGCCUCUGCGGAGGAGAUGCUCAAGUCGCAAACCGUCGGUCUCGUGCACCUGUCCGACUUUCGCAAGCGACGCGCAGAGGUCCUAGAGCAGAAGGAGCGCGAAGCGCAUGAUAAGUCGCUAGGGCGAUUGGCAUCCGGUAAUUCAAGAAGUGCAACUCCCUCCACAGGCGACGUGACUGACGGGUCCUCGACACCGAAGAGCGACGCGCCGCCCAAGAAGAAGAAAAAGAAGGCCCUCGCUAAGAGCAAGCUCUCGUUUGGCGACGAUAACGAAGAUACAGGGGAGGAAUCGACCGUCGCCACGCCGCGCGACUCCAGCAUCUCCCGAUCAGGCUCAAAAACACCCAACGAUGAAGGCACACCCUCCUCUUCAAUUCGCAUGAAAGCGAACCCCAAUGCUAGGGCUCCUCCCAAGGCACUGACAAAAGCAUCUAUCGAGGCCGAAGCGGCGACACGCGAGGCACUGCGCAAGGAAUUCAUGGUGAUGCAAGAGGCAGUCAAGAACACCGAGAUCCUGAUUCCAUUUGUGCUCUUUGACGGAACGAGUGUUCCGGCAGGAUCGGUCAAAAUCAAAAAAGGAGAUCCUAUCUGGCUGUUUUUGGACCGGUGUCGCAAAGUCGGUGCUGAGCUGGGAGGCCGUACUGCUAGUGGUGCAGCAAAGGCUCGCCGAGAAUGGGCGCGAGUCAGUGUUGACGACCUGAUGCUGGUCAAAGGCGAUGUUAUCGUUCCUCAACACUACGAGUUCUACUACUUUAUCGCCAACCGCGUACAGAGUUUCUCGAAAUCCGGUGGUCUAUUGUUUGAUUAUUCGGAUAAACCACCCCCAGCUCAAUCGAAUGAUAAGCUUCCCGAGGGCCUAUACCACCCCAACGAGGAGAAGCUCGAAGGUUUCGACAAGGACGCUGCAGAGACCAAGGUGGUUGACCGCCGGUGGUAUGAAAAGAACAAGCACAUAUACCCGGCCAGUCUCUGGAACGAGUAUGAGCCUGGAAAGGAGUUUGAAGAGAAGAUGACAUCGACACGAAAAGAUGCACUGGGAAAUACGUUCUUCUUUUAG